AUGAAGUCCUGGGACGUGAGGAGGCAAGAGAGCGAGCAUGGUACCGGGAGAACGGAGAUGCCCUCUCGUGCGCGCUUAGAGCAGGAGCUCGGCUCUCUCGACAUACAUGGGAUGGGUGAUACCGGUAUUUCCUUUGGUGCGGAUGGUGAGACGGCCAAAGAAAGCCAUGGAAAAGAAGAGGCCAUGAAGAGAAUGCGCAAAGAAGCCGAGAUAGCUCGGCUGAGCAAGAUGAUGCAAGAGAAGAACGAACGCAAGGCGGCGGAUCAGGCCAGGAUUGAAAGGAUGAUUCUCGCGCGCGCAGAGGCACAACGUCAGGCUAACGGCGCCAGCACCUCUGUAGAUAUUCCAAUCACUGCAAGGUCUGAGGAUGAAUCGCCAAAGAGCGAAAAGACAGCUGGGAAUACACCGAAGGAAGUUCAGAAGACUAUCGAGCGAGAAAAGUCCAAUGCAUCAGUGCUAUCAAAGGAGGAUCAGAAGAUGCUCAAAAAGAUCAAAACCGAUGGCAGAAAGGAAGGUAUCCGUGUUGCCGAAGCUGAGAAGGACGAGAAGGACAGACUAGCUGCUAGAGAGCAGAAAGAAAGAGCCAAUACACAAGAGAAUGAGCAUCUGGAGGCCGACUUAUUUGGUGGGUUGAUCGAAAAUUCUGGCGCGCCUGAACUCCCUAAGAAUAAGCUUCCCGAAGAGGUUCCUAGGAAGACAAAGAGCUCCAAGACAGUCAGACGCGUCCCAAAAGAGCCUGUACGCCGUGUCGUCGAGCAUUCAUCAGAGGAAUCUGACAGUAGCGAGCCAACCAAAAAGGUCAAGCCUAAGCUCAAGACUCCGGUGAAGAUCAGGAGAAAAAUGUCGUUGGCAGAUCUUUUGGCAGCAAGGAAGGCUAGAAGAGAAUCUCAAAGUGAGACAGAGAAGCCUGGACUCCCCGACAAGCCGUCUACAGCUAGCAAAGAGGUGGGCGAGAAACCUGCAACCGAAAGUAAAGCGGAAGAUGGUAAGUUGUCUAAGUCGGACGAGUUCGUCGCGGAGAAUGAUCUUAAACACGACACCAAGGAUGAGGUUAAGUUGCCGAGCGACGCGUUAAAUACUGAGAAAGUAAGUGUGGAGAUCACUGAAACGGAUACGAUCGUUGUGUCAGGCGAUGAGAGUGGUAAUGCUAAAGAAGCGACUAUCGAGACCACGACUCUGGCCGUCGAGGUCCAGCAGCAGGAAACGUCGGUCGAGCGUACUGAAGUGACAGAGACCACGACAGUGGUUAAUUCAAGCGAAGGCGAGAUGACAGUAGAGCGUUCUACCCACGUAGAAGCCAUCACUGCGACCUCCAUCCCCGAACAAGAGCUCCCUGACACCUCUUCUGCUUCUACAACACAUGAGCCACAAGACGGCGCCAGCAGCCCCGUCGAGGACUACUCAUCUCGCUCACAUCCCACUCCUCCCGCAAAGCGUAAGCGUUCUUUCACCGCGACAGAGCCCCAGCUGAACCCGGAGACACCCUCGAACCUUCAAACUGAGCUCCCCUCCUCAAAAAAGCGCAAAUUCACAUCCCCAGUUUCGCCCACCGAGCACCCUGCUGCUGCUCCGACAUCGAUCCUAUCUGUGUCUGAGCCCACUGUCCCCCCGCCUGAGCCUAGUGCUUCUGCACCCGAGACGCAUAACAACCCUCCUGCGUCUCCAGGCGCGGCGUCAGUCGCCUCGCCGACGUCCUCGUCGCCGAGUAAGAAGCGGAAGAUGACCGAGGAUGGAGAUGAGAUGGUGAGUGCAGAGGAGACUAAGCGCGUGAAGCACGUGCAUGACGGUGAGAUCCCAGCGGGUGGAGAGGUGGAGGGUGAGUCUGUAGAGAGUGGCGAGAGUAGCGAUGACAGCUUUGAUUCGUUGUUCGAUGAGUGA